GGGAGGGAGCCAAGGUUAGACUUGAUGCUCACUGAAGCUGGAGGAAGGUGGGAUGAGAGGACCCACUGGGGGCUGGGGAUGGAGCAGAUCAGCUCAUGAAGGAGGCUCCUCGGCGAGUAAGGUGAGGCUCAAAGAGAACUGAGUUGAUCAAGUUCACCCAGCAGGUAAGUGGAGGAGCAGGCCUGCAGGACUCUCUCUCUCUGCUCUAGGACCAGGCCUCAUUCCUCACCUCCAGGGCUGGACUGUGCAGGGAAGGGGUGUUGGCUGAGGAAGGGGUGUGUGUGAAAGAAGUGCCAGGAAUGCCGGGCAGUGGAGGCUCUGGGCCUGGUGGAUUGGUGGAUUCUGCCAGGCCUGGGUCAGCUCCCAGCCCAGUGACCUCCCUGCCCCACCCCUCCCCAUCAUGGGAUCUGUCUCUUGGUGCCUAGGCCUGUAGUCUGUGGCCUGGAGGGAACUUGGGGGUUGCAGUGGCAGGGAACCUCCCUCCCACCCUCCAUAAAGAUACCCUUCCUGUCUCCUAGCAGCCCAAGCAGCUGAUCUGGGCUUAGGGCGUCUCUCUUUCUAGGGGCCGGUCCCCAAUUUUCUUCUGGCUGAGAACAAUUAGCGCUCCUUGUUUUCCUUCGGGAACCCGCUGGGACAGGAACCCCCCACAUUUCGUGCAUGUGCAUUCUGGAGCAGAAGCCCCCCCCCCCCCCCCCUUAUACCCCAAACCCUUCUCCCCACCCCCAGGAGGAUCCGAGGGGUCCCUUACUUGCAAGCCUACAUCUCCUUCCCUGGCGGGAACCCGCUUUUCACUCUUCGGCGGCGAGUGGGCACAGCGGAAUGGCCGUUGGUCUCUGUCAAAGUCACUGGGGCCUGGGGGUGCGGGGGGAAUCCAGCCGCCUGGGCCGCGGGGAGGGAGGGGCCGCGGCCUCGGCUGUGUCCAGCGCCCAGGCGUCCGCCGUGGGGUCGGGUGGCGCGGUGGGCUGUGUUCCGUCCUCCGGCCUCCAGGGGGCGGCGCGGCGCCGUGACCUCGAGCGCCCUGCGGUCCCUCCCGCCGCGGCCGGGAGGGGGCGCCCGCGGACGCCGGCUGCACGCUGGUACGGCCGUCGAGGCUCCGCUGCUGACGUCCGUCCGGGCUCCGGUGUGUGGCCUCCCGGCUUCUUCGCUGAUCCUCGUAGCAGCGUGUCCGGGGGCGCCUGGACUGCGGCUACGUCUGCGCUCCCGGGGCCGGGGCCGGGCACCCAACCUGGCACCUCCUACGGCCUAGUGCCUUCUGCCUGCCUUGCCCGCCGAGAGCUACCCCGUCGACCUACCGACCUACCGACCGCUUUGAACCCCUUUUCCUGGAUGAGCUGAGGCCUCCGUUCACACCGAGGCCCCAGCCCCCCUCCCGCUUGCCAUGAGCAGGCCCAGCCUUGAGGAGUGGGUGACGGAGGAGUCCCUGGAGGAGGAUGGGGAUGAGUCUCCAGACUCCCAGGGCCGAGCCGCCGACUGGAGGUUUGCUGUGUGCCGUUUCAGGGAUGCCUGGGAUGAGGAGGAGCCUGCUCCCCAGGUGCAGGUUAAGGACCCCCCCAAUCCUCCAAGACCGCCAGCCGGGGCAGCUCAGGGGGAAGGGCUACAGGCCGGCCCCCUGUCUGGGGAGCUUCAGCCAACCCCAGGACGGGUGCCUGGAGAUGGGUCAGGGGAUGGCCAGAGGGGCGCGUUAGGAGGUCCCUCAGGCAAGUCCGAGGAACCGGUCCCCUCUGAAGUGAAGAGCCUCCUAUGCCUCAUGUCCUCCCACCUCAGCCUGGCACAGGGCAGUGGUGCCAGCCAAGGGGGAGACUUGGCAGGGGACCCUGACUCAGGCAGGCUAAUGACAACUGACUUGGACCCUGGGGAGUCGGGCAACGAUUCUGUGAACCUGGGAGGCCCGUUACCUGAGACAUCAUCACAGCUGCUGGCGGCAGACCCUGAUGGAUCCAGCCUCCCUGAGCCCGCUGACUACCUUCUGGCCCAAGACCUUGCCUGGGAGCUGCUGGCCAGUGGCAUGGCUGCCCUGCCAGGGACUCGGGAUGUAGACGGCCGGGCGGUGCUGCUUCUGUGUGCUCAUAGCCACACCUGGCUUCAUCCCAAGGGCAGCAGCCAGGAGCUCCUCCGCCUGCUGCUCUACCUGCGAAGCAUCCCCAGCCUCGAAGUGCAGGCCCUGGGACUGACUGUGCUCGUGGAUGCCCGGAUUUGUCCCCCGAGCUCUCCCCUCUUCUGGGGGCUCAGCCAACUGCAAGAGGCAGCCCCAGGGUCCGUGCACCAGGUGCUGCUGGUGGGAGAAAUGCCAGAGAAGGUGCCUUCCGGGCUGCAGCUAGAGCAGUUGUCCUCUCUUCAGGGCCUGCUGACCCACAUCUCCGCUUCCUGGUUACCCGCUUCCCUGGGAGGAGGCCUUCCUUACUGCCAUCAGGCCUGGCUGCACUUCCGGAUGCGUCUAGAAGCCCUACAGCAGAGCUGCCACGUGGUUUGUGCCCUGCUCCAGGGGGCCAUUGACACUGUGAAGGCUCUGCCCCAGCCCCUGGAGACGGGGGAAGUUGAUCAGCUGCUACAGCAGGCACAGGCCCUGAUGCAGCACGUGCUAGACUCACCACAGCUGGCCUGGCUACAAUGCCAGGGGAGCUUGGAGCUGGCCUGGCUGAAGCAGGAGGUCCCAGAAGUGACCCGGAGCCCAGACUACAGGCCAGCGGUGGACAAGGUCGAUGAGCUGUAUGGUCGUGUGGAUGGGCUGCUGCACCAACUGACCCUGCAGAGUAACCGUCGAGUACAGGCACUGGAGUUGAUCCAGACACUGAAGGCCCAGGAGGGCAGGCUGCACCAGAUUGAAUCGUGGCUGCAGCAGGUGGGCUGGCCAGCACUGGAGAAGCCAAGGGAACCCUCGAUGGACACCCUGCUCCAGGCCCAAGGCCCUUUUCGGGAGCUGGACCCGGUUGCCCAGGAGCAGGUCAGGCAAGGGGAGAAGUUGCUGCAGCCACUGGCUGGCUGGGGAACAGCGGAACUGGGUCCCCUUGGGGCCCGCUUUCUGGCCCUGCAAGCCCAGCUGACGGAAUUCUCUCGAGCUUUGGCCCAGCGGCGGCAGUGGCUGGCAGAUGCCGAGAGGCUGUCGUGCUUCUUCAAGCAGGCCUCAACGUGGGCUGAGGAGGGGCAGCGGGUGCUGGCAGAGUUGGAGCAGGAGCGCCCAGGGGUUGUGCUGCAACGGCUGCAGCUGCACUGGACUAAACACCCUGACCUGCCUCCUGCCCACUUCCGAAAGAUGUGGGCGCUGGCCACGGGCCUGGGCUCUGAAGGCAUCCGCCAGCAGUGCCGCUGGGCCUGGGCACAGUGCCAGGACACCUGGCUGGCCCUGGACCAGAAGCUAGAGGCCGCACUGAAGCCACUCCCAAGGGGCAGCAGAGCCAGCCUGUGUGCCAGCCAGUCCCCAGUUGCGCCUGCCACCCCUCUGCUGAGGAAGGCGUACAGCCUGGAUCGGAGUCUGGGGCAGAGUCUCAGAGAGUCUGUCCAGCACUGCCACCAAGUGGCCGGUGUGGCUGGCUGUCACAGACCAGAGGCUGGUGCCCAGCCUGGGUUAUCCCCCACGGUGAUUCUGCCAGGCAGCUCUGAUCCCAGGAGUCCCAACAGGCUCCAGUUGGUGUUGGCAGAGAUGGUGGCUACAGAGCGGGAGUAUGUCCGUGCCCUUGACUAUACCAUAGAGAACUACUUCCCUGAGCUGGAUCGCCCUGAUGUGCCCCAGGGCCUCCGUGGCCAGCGUGCCCACCUCUUCGGCAAUCUGGAAAAGCUGCAUGACUUCCACUGCCACUUCUUCCUGCGUGAGCUGGAGGCCUGCACGCAGCACCCACCCCGGGUGGCCUAUGCCUUCCUGCGCCACAGGGUGCAGUUUGGGAUGUAUGCGCUGUACAGCAAAAAUAAACCUCGCUCCGAUGCCCUCAUGGCUAGCUAUGGCCACUCCUUCUUCAAGGACAAGCAGCAAGCCCUGGGGGACCACCUGGACUUGGCCUCCUACCUGCUGAAGCCCAUCCAGCGCAUGAGCAAGUACGCGCUGCUGCUCCAGGAGCUGGCUCGGGCCUGCGGGGGGCCCGUGCAGGAGCUGAGUGCUCUGCAGGCUGCCCAGAGCCUGGUGCGCUUCCAGCUGCGACACGGCAAUGACCUGCUUGCCAUGGAUGCCAUCCAGGGCUGUGACGUGAACCUCAAAGAACAGGGGCAGCUGGUGCGACAAGAUGAGUUCUCGGUGCGCACGGGGCGCCACAAGUCCCUGCGCCGAGUCUUCCUCUUCGAGGAGCUGCUGCUCUUCAGCAAGCCUCGCCGAGGACCCACAGGCAUCGACGUGUUUGCCUACAAGCGCUCCUUCAAGGUAGGCCCCCCGCCCCCACCCCGGGCCCCACGCUUCCCCACGCCUCACGCACCCCUCUCCGCCACACAGAUGGCGGACCUUGGCCUCACUGAGUGCUGUGGGGACAGCAACCUGCGCUUUGAGAUCUGGUUCCGCCGUCGCAAGGCCAGGGACACUUUUGUGCUGCAAGCUGCCAGCUUGGCCACCAAGCAGGCAUGGACGGCUGACAUCUCCCGCCUGCUGUGGAAGCAGGCCGUUCACAACAAGGAGGUGCGCAUGGCCGAGAUGGUGUCCAUGGGCGUGGGGAACAAGGCCUUCCGGGACAUCGCCCCCAACGAGGAAGCUAUUAGCGACCGCACCAUCAACUACGUUUUAAAGAGCCGAGAAGUUCGUUCUCGGGCCUCCAUCGCUGUGGCCCCGUUCGACUGUGAGAGCCUCUACCUGGGGGCCUCGAGUCCCCUUCCUGCAGACCCUGCCUCUGGCUCAGUCCUAGGGUCCCUCAACCUGCACCUGUACAGAGACCCGACUCCUCAGGGCCUCCGCUGGCCCCUGUAUUCCACCUGCUUCCCAGAGGAAACGGCGCUGGAGGCUGAAGGGGAGCUGGGCAGCCAGCCGUCCUUGACUCCUGAGGACUCAGAGGUCUCAUCCCAGUGCCCAUCAGCUAGUGGCUCCAGUGGCUCUGACAGCAGCUGUGUGUCAGGGCAGGCUCUGGGCAGGGGCCUCGAGGACUUGUCUUACGUCUGAGCCCAGGCUCGAAGGUGAGCAGUGGAUCCAGCAGCCUAUUAACUCCAAAGAGCAUCAUCUCUGUCUGGAUCUCCUGUGACCUGGGCAUAGCUGACACCUGGACCACUUCCAGCCCACACUCACUGCCCUAUUGACUACCCAUUCUGACAUCUGUACCCACUGGACUCCAGGGGAGCACCGGGUCCUGGGCUCCUGGCUCCAUGUCCCUUCCCCCGUCUCUCCAGUUCCCACCCAGUUGUGGGUUAGGAUUAGGCUAGAGCAGAGGGUGGGUGUUUCCAUGCUCGAGGCUGGUGGGCACCAAGUGGCUCAGCAGUGACUGGGAUGCCCCACUCCUCCGGGAGGAGCAUGGGCAAGUCCCAGCAGCUGCUUCUCAAUCUUGGUCUCAGCCAAGCUCCUUAAACUAAGGGGAAAUCCUCUUGGGCCCUUAUGUUGCCUGCCCUGGCUGCCCAGGCCCAGCCCCUUCUUACCUGGGUCAGUUUGGUUAUAUUGACUCAGUGCCUUUUGAAUAGCUUUCAGUUAGAUUUGUUGUCUAAACUUAUUUCAGUGGUUUUUGGCAUCUCAGAGAGGGUUUGACUUGUUAUUUACUCUUUUAUUUGUUUAUAAUAAAAA